AGCUCAUCGAUCAGCUUCCUAUUUGAAAUUCCUACUUGAAAAACAGUUGAUCAAAAACAAGAAGCUGAGAAAGGUGCGUUCCAUGAUGAAAUCCAUGAAGAAAAGACUUGUCAAAAUUGUCAAACGUGCUCUCAAAAGAGAUCCCAACUUGAAGCGACUGGAGAAGGCUAUGCAGAAACUUGAUAAAGUUUCGGCUGAUGUUACUACUUUCCUUUAUCUUUUAGAAAGCGCAAAGCAGGAACAGAAGGAGCAGGAGGUUGAUUUCUACAGAGCACGUGAAACAGGAUCCUUGCCUACUACAAAUUAUCUCAUCGGGCGGGGCAAGGAUAAGGAGUCUGUUGUGCAGUGGUUGAGGAAUCCAUCAAAUAAACCUCGGACAAGUAGGUACAGAAACAUUUCUCUUCUAUCUAUAGUGGGCCAUGGUGGUAUGGGAAAAACAACUCUCUUGCAACACGUUUAUGAAGAUGAAAUGACAAAGGAAUUUUUCGAUCUUAAAAUGUGGGUUUGCGUUUCCAACAACUUUGAUGUGAAAAAAGUCAUUGCAGAUAUGUUGGAAUCUCUUGAUAACAAGAAGCCUGAUUUGGAUUCACUUGAGGCACUUCAAGGGCGUCUCAAGAACGAGGUGAAGUCCAGAAGGUUCUUACUGGUCCUUGAUGAUGUUUGGGAAGAGGAGAAGGAACGGGAUAAAAGUAAAUGGGGGAAUGUGCUCGCCCCUCUAGCUUAUGGGGGUUUUGGUAGUAAGAUUCUGGUAACAACUCGGACGGACUCGAUUGCACUGAUGUUUGAAGAAGUAAUUCUCGAGAAGACAGAACCAUUGAGAUUAAAAGGGUUAGAGGACAAAGAAUGUUUGGAGCUCCUCAACACCCAUGCAUUUGCUGUAGACUAUCUUGAUGAUCAGAGAAAAUUAAAAUUAAAAUUAAUUACUGCAGAGAUAGUUAAAAAGCUUUCAGGGUCUCCUUUAGCAGCAAAGGUCAUAGGUGGUAUUCUGAAUUCUAAUUUGGAUGAAGGGCAUUGGAGAAGAGUUUUAAAUUCUGGACUUGAAAUUAUAAGAUUGGGUCAAAAUGAUAUCAUGCCCGUCUUAAGAUUGAGCUAUGUAUACCUCCCACAACAUCUAAAAAUUUGCUUUACAUUAUGUUCCAUAUUCCCACAAGAUUAUGAAUUUGAUAGAGAUGCUUUAGUCCGACAGUGGAUUGCAUUGGGUUUCAUUCAACCUUCUCAUAUUCAAGGAGAGAUUCUGGAGGAUAUCGGAGGAAGGUAUUUUGAUGUUUUGGUUAAAAGAAAUUUCUUUGACAAGUUUAAAGAUUAUUACUACAAGAUGCAUGAUUUAAUGCAUGAAUUAGCACAAUCUCUUUCCAUACAUGAAUGCUUAAGAGUUGAGGAUGGUACAAAGUUGCCUUCUCCAAUUCCUAAGACUCUUCGACACUUGUCUGUUCAAGCUGAAAAUCCAGACAUCAUAAAAAAGAUUGUGCAGUUUAAAUAUUUGCAUUCUCUUUUCUUGUUCUAUGAACCUUCUAAUCAGGAUAUCUGUGCACUUAGUGAAAUAUUCAAAUUGAGAAGUUUACGCUUAUUAAAUAUAGAGUCUCCAGAAGACUUGAAAAUAAUACCUGAGGAGAUUGGAAAUUUGAUACAUCUUCGAUACUUAGAGAUUGAUUGUUAUAAUUUGACUAUGCUGCCAAGAUCUGUAAGUAAUCUCUAUCACUUGCAGUACAUAAUCUAUGAUGGGCCUGAGAAAGGUGCUGAUUUUUUACCAAGUGACAUUAAUAAUCUUUCUAACUUGCGUUACGUAAAAUUGCCCGAGAAUUGUAUUUCAUCAAUAUGUGGGAUUAGGAAGCUAAAGUUUCUUCAAAAAGUGAAAAUAUUUGAUCUUAGAGAUGCGAGUGGUUAUAGAAUUGGGGAGCUGGAGAACAUGGAUGAUCUUUGCAAAUUAGGAAUCAAUUGCCUUGAAAAUGUUAAGGAUGCCGAGGAGGCUUGUAGUGCCAAAUUAUGUGCCAAGAGGAGGCUCAUAGAUUUAACGUUAGGGUGGGAAAACACUGAUUCGAGGAACAUAGAUUUAUUUGAGAAUGUGCUCGACAACCUUGAGCCACCAAAUUGUCUAAGGAAUCUGAAGAUGGAUAGCUACAUGGGUGCAAGGUCUGCUAUAUGGAUGAACAACGUCAAUCUUAUCUCCAAUCUAGAGAAAAUCAAUUUGACAAACUGCAGUAAUUGGGAAACUCUUCCACCUUUUGGGCAGCUUCCCUUCCUCAAGUCACUGACACUUUGGAACAUGCCGAAAGUAAAAAGGCUCCAAAGUAAAUAUAAUGGGAAUGAUAAAUACCGUACCUUUCCAUUGCUAGAGGUGCUAAAUAUUCACGAAUUAGAAGCAUUAGAGGAUUGGUUUGAGGCAGGAGUAGCUGCUGAAGAUGGAUGUUUGUUUCCUUGCUUAAUUCAACUGUCGAUAAAUAGCUGCCCGAAGUUGAAAGAGUUGCCCUCUUUGCCUUCUAAGCUGAAGAGCUUGCAGAUACGAUAUACGGGGUGGAAGACUUUGAAUUUUUGUAGCAUUUCAAAUUCUAUUCCCCUUGAGACAUUAGAGGUCCUUCAUUGUCCAAAUAUUACAUCUCUUCCUCUGGCUGAUGAAAUAGCAAGACUUGCAGCACUAAGAGACUUGAGAAUUAGUUCCCCUAAUCUGAGAUCUCUCGGAAAUUAUCCAGAAGUGGAGACCAGUAAUAAUUGUCAUCUCAUGCUCAGCUAUCUUAGCAUAAGUGAUCCAUUAGUGUUGCUAAUGGAGCCAUUGAGAAGUAUCGCCUCCUUAAAAAGGCUGUAUAUUAUGUAUAAUGAUGAGUUGGUUUCAUUUCCAAAUGAGGCGGAGCAGUGGUUUCUGAAUGUUAGUUCAUCUCUUUGUGAGCUGGAAUUUUAUCAACUCAAAUCCUUAGAGUCUCUCCCUUCCUCCUUGGAAAGCUUAUCUUCACUUCAGAAACUAUCUAUUACAAAAUGCCCCAAUCUGAUCUCUCGCGGAAGUUAUCGAGAAGAGGAGACCUCUAAUAAUUGCCAUCCCAUGCUAAGCUAUCUCGGGAUAAGUGAUCCAUCGGUGUUGCUAAUGGAGCCAUUGAGAAGUAUCACCUCCUUAAAAGAGCUGAGAAUUGAGCAUAAUAAUGAGGUGGUUUCAUUUCCAAAUGAGGCGGAGCAGUGGUUUCUGAAUGUUAGGUCUUCUCUUUCUGAGCUGCGAUUUUCAUCUCUCAAAUCCUUAGAGUCUCUCCCUUCCUUCUUGGAAAGCUUAUCUUCACUUCAGAUUCUAUCUAUUUAUGAUGUUCCUAUGCUUCGGGAAUUACCGAACCUUCCUCCCUCUUUGAAAAGUCUAACACUUUGGGACGUUCCUAUGCUUCGGGAAUUACCGAACCUCCCUUCCUCUUUGGAACGUCUAGCAAUUUGGGGGGAAUUGCAUCGAGAGUUAAAGGAGCGCUAUCGAGAGGAUGGAGGCUCCGAUCGGCACAAAAUUGCUCACAUUCCUGAAAUCUAUAUUUCUACCUAA